AUGUCCACUAACAAGAUCACUUUCCUACUUAACUGGCAACCAGCCCCAUACCACAUUCCUAUCUUCCUAGCCUUGACGAAAGGUUACUUCAAGGAACAAGGGUUGGACUUGGCCCUUUUGGAACCAACCAAUCCGUCAGAUGUCACCGAGCUUAUCGGCUCUGGUAAAGUGGACAUGGGUCUAAAGGCUAUGAUCCACACUUUGGCCGCCAAGGCUAGAGGUUUCCCUGUCACUUCUGUUGCCUCUUUGCUCGACGAACCUUUCACGGGUCUUUUGUACCUUGCCAAUAGCGGUAUCACAGAGGACUUCCAAUCUUUGAAGGGUAAGCGUAUCGGUUACGUUGGUGAGUUCGGUAAGAUUCAACUUGACGAAUUGACCAAGCACUAUGGUAUGACGCCAUCGGACUAUACUGCCGUCAGAUGUGGUAUGAACGUUGCCAAGUACAUCAUCGAGGGUAAGAUCCACGCUGGAAUUGGUAUCGAAUGUAUGCAACAAGUUCAAUUGGAAGAGUACUUGAAGCAGCAAGGUAAGCCAGUUACCGACGCCAAGAUGUUGAGAAUUGACAAGUUGGCUUGUCUAGGUUGCUGCUGCUUCUGCACCAUCCUUUACAUCUGUAACGAUGAAUUCCUUGCCAAGAACCCCGAAAAGGUUAGAAAGUUCUUGACUGCCAUCAAGAAGGCCACCGACUACGUCUUGGCUGAGCCCGUUAAGGCCUGGAAGGAAUACAUCGAUUUCAAGCCUGAACUCAACAACGAUUUGAGCUUCAAGCAAUACCAAAGAUGUUACGCUUACUUCUCUUCUUCUCUGUUCAACGUCCACCGUGACUGGAAGAAGGUCACUGGCUAUGGUAAGAGACUGGAAAUCUUGCCUCCCGACUACAAGUCCAACUACACCAACGAGUACUUGUCCUGGCCAGAACCUAACGAGGUGGCGGACCCUCUUGAAGCUCAAAGAUUGAUGGCUAUCCACCAAGAAAAGUGCAGAGACCAAGGUGGGUUCAACAGAUUGGAAGCUCCAUUGAAGGCUUGA